CCAUCCCCUCCUACACAUCAUUCACUCCUCCUUCAAGAGCCAAACCACGUAUCCACUUCCUCUACUUCCACUUCAACACAAGGCUGUCUUCUCAAACCAACUUUUAACGAGUCGAACAUGGAACAGUUCAUCUUUCCUUCUCUCUCACUUUUCCUACUACUCUCUCUCUCCCAUUUCACCACAACCCUAGCCCAGACUCCGGCACUGCCACCAGCCCCUACCGGCCCACCUAACGUUGUAAAAAUCCUCCAAAAAGCCGGCCAAUUCACCAUCUUUCUCCGGCUCUUAGGCACAACCCAAGUGGCCAACCAAAUCAACGGUCAGCUCAACGACUCCAACAACGGCAUGACCAUCUUUGCACCACCAGAUAACGCCUUCUCGAGCCUCCGAUCCGGCGCGCUAAACUCUCUCACCGACGAGCAGAAGUCCGCUCUGGUUCAGUUUCAUAUUGUGCCCACUUUUCUUUCAAUCACUCAGUUCCAAACUGUGAGUAAUCCACUAAGGACCCAAGCCGGGGAUGCGGGCAGCGGUCAGUUCCCGCUUAAUGUGACGAGCUCCGGCAGCCAAGUCAACAUAUCGACCGGCAUCGUUAAUACAACGGUGGAUAACACCAUUUAUACCGAUAACCAGCUUGCUGUGUAUCAGGUGGACAAGGUGCUACUUCCUCUGAGCAUCUUCGGCCCUCACCCGCCGGCGCCAGCCCCGGCACCAGCGACAACACCAAAGAAGAAGAAGGAGGCGGCUGCAGCCACCAGUCCCACCGCCGCUGAUACCAAUACUUCUGGUGCAGUUAGUCUCUCCCUCCCCAUGCAGGCCAUGGUGCUGGUAAUGUCUAUUGGGGUUGCUGUGUAUUCAUCAUUUGUUUUGUGACAAUGAACGGUCGUGAUUGUCAAGUGCCCCAGUUGAUUUUUUGAUGAGUCAUAUUGAACGGUGGUGAUGGAGUAUGGACAUGCUGAGUGCCUUUGAAUAAUUGCAAUUAUGUUCUAAAGUCUGGUUGUACAAUGUAAAUUUUGAGGCUUUUCCGGUACUCUUUUUUUUUUCUUUUUUUUCUUUUUUUCAUUUGGAUCUGUAAUUUUCUGUCUCUUGUUUUUAGUUUUUGCAAUUUGUUUGUUUUGUUGUUUUCCAGAUUCCAUUGUAAUUUGAGAUUUCGCAUGAAUUUGCCAAAAAUGCUACGA